GCUUGGGAAAUUGCUGGUCUCCCACUAAAAAAAACCCUGCCCAGGUUUGCACUGGAAUCUUUCCAAGGUGCAAAUCCAUGAUCUGUCGAGACUAAUGGAGGCCUACAGUAUGUGCGUGUUUGUGAGUGUGCAAGUGAGAGUAUGUGUGUGAGUGUGCUUGUUUCUGACUAUGUUUGUGUAUGCCUGUUAGUGUGAUUGUGUGUGCGUGUGACUGGGAGAGUGUGCUUGAGUGAGUGUGAGUGUAUGAGUCUAUGUGUGAGGUUGUGUGUGUGAGUUUAAGUGAGUGUGUUUGUGACUAUGUGUGUGAGAGUGUGGUGAACUAUGUGCCUGUCGGGACACGCCCCUGCUGACUGCUCCUGUGGCUCCUCCCACAGGCCCCUGUAUAAAGGCGAUCUGAGGCCUGACGCUCGGCCUCAGUCUCCAGGACAUAUUAUGAUGGACACUCACUCCUGGUUCCUUCUCCCAGUCAAUAAAAGCCGAUAUCUCGCCUUACGUCUCAGUAAUGAGGGUUCUCUCAAGCACAAGAGACACAGCCCUCCCCUGCACCCCGACCUUGUGCAGACAGACAUCCUAGAAGGUGUUGUCCCAGAUACGACCAACACAAAGCGGAAGAAGACUGAUGACUUUGGUGAAGUGGUUCUCAGCGCUCCAGAGCUGGGGGAACAGAAGAACCCUCCCCGCUGCCCCGUGGAGGGAAAGGGCCUCACAGCCAGCAAAUGGCAAAUUGCGGACAGCGAGGACCGGUCAUCCAGAAUGGAGGACAGGGGAGUGAGGCACGUGUUGCCCCGGCAACCGGGACACUACCACUGCCAGGAAACAGAGUUGCCAUCUCAGCAGCUGAGUGGCCAAAUCACCAGCAGCUCUGGGCAGUCACCGCAGGGUUCACCACGUGCGGCAGCAUUGUGUUUGGAGCGGGGAGGAGUUACACCCCAGGGUGGAGCAGUGUGCGAGGUGUCAGCCGGGCAGGACCAGCAUACAGACCUGACCGCCCCCACGAUACAGACUCCAGCUGUUACCACGGUCCUCCACAGUGGGCCCGAUGUCUACCGGUCCCAGCGGCCAAAGAGGGUAAAGGAUGGCAAGCCAAAGGUCCGGAAGUUGAAGUACCAUCAGUACGUGCCACCAGACCAGAAGACAUGUGAGGGUCCGGUGGCGAUGGAUGCUGCGUUCUUACGCCUGCUCCGUCAGCAACAACUCUACCUGCAGCUGCAGAUACUGAGCCAGCAGCAGACGCCGGCUUCUCCCCUGGCCAUCCAUGCCGCAGGCCUGGUUCCCGAUGGCAUUGUGGGUUUCGCCAGAGCGCUUCCCCCUCAGCUGCCUUUUGUCCACCUGUCAACAGUACCCAAGAGCCCGACAGCUGUAACGGUACCCUGUUCUCCCCGGCCUGAACUAUUGCCUUCCAACCUGGACGACCUGACGGUGUCGGAGCUAAGGCAACAGCUGAGGAAACGUGGCCUGCCUGUUUCUGGCACGAAACCUGCCCUGCUUGAACGGCUGAAACCCUACCAGCUAUCGGGGCCAAAGAUGGCACCCCUGCCCUUGACCUGCAGGCCGCAAUCACCCCCAUCCACGGUCCGGCCAGCUCUCUUAGAGAAACAGAAGGUGAUUGAGAGGCUAACGUGGAAACUCAGGCAGGAGCACCCACCAACACUGGCUUCCCACCAACCCACCGUUCUUGGACCAGCGUUGGAGAGUCUCCCUUCCCCCAAAAACAACAUUCUUCUCCCCUCCGUCACUGAUGCCGGUCUCUUAUCUCCCCAGCCACGGCCACAGGAAGGAAACCUGAUACAGCCACAGGACGGCAGCCUGUGUAAUCCCUCAGAGAUGCAGAACGCUUCUCCGGAUUUCUCCCUCUCUUCAGCCAGUCUGCACUCAUUUUUCCCCAUGGAAGAGGUGGACUUUGAGUCUGAUUUCCAGGGGAACUUUGAUCGAGAGAGCUUCCUCUCAUCAGCACUGGGGUCAGACAGCAGGGACCUUGGCUUCCUGGGAGCCCCAAGGAGCACGGACACGGGGAAAUUCCAGACUCUGGAGGACGAACUGACACAGGCUAUCCGGAGUGCAGAGCUCUCACAAAGCCUGUCCAUCGAGGAGAUCCUGAACGAGCCACUCGGGAAGACCGGUGUGUGUGCAACUGGGAAAAGA